AUGGACGGCCUCAAACAUCCUUCCACGAAAGUCGCGAAGAAAGUCGACGCUCAUCCUCCUUUCGAGAAGCUCGCCUCCAUUCUCGAAGACACAUCGUCCGACUCAAAGCCCAAGAAUGUGCUCCACUGGUUCCGAAGCAAAGAUCUGCGCGUGCAAGACAACAAGGCAUUGUAUGCAGCGUCGGAGAAAGCGAAAGACGGCGGCAGUCUCAUCACAGCCUAUCUGCACAGUCCGAAAGAUCUGGAAUGGCAUGGCACAUCGCCGGCGAGGACAGACUUCAUCCUUGAGUCCUUGUCUUUGCUACAGAAAGAGCUUGCUGAGAAGAAUGUUCCUCUGGCAAUCUUGACUGCAGACGAGCGAAGUCAGAAAACAGAUACUGUGUUCGAAUUUGUGAAAGAGAACGAUAUAUCGCAUGUAUACGCCAAUUUUGAAUACGAAGUGGACGAGCUCCGCCGCGAUAUUGACCUGGCCGAGAAGUUGAAAGACGAGAGCAUUGGCUUCGAACUCUUCCAUGACCAGACUGUUGUAGUCCCAGGGGAGUUGACUGGUAGCGGGGGUGGUCCUAUGAAAGUGUUCACACCCUACCACAAAGCGUGGCUGAGCGAAACGAAGAGCGACCCAAGCCUUCUUGAUCUAGCUGGCGAAGUCGAGGGUAACGAUGCUUCCGCGAAGAAACAUCUUUCCAAGCUAUUCGACAACAAAAUCCCCGCUCCACAACCAAACAAGCAAUUCGAAAACGAUGAAGAAAAGAAACGAGUACGAAAACUCUGGCCCGCCGGCCACCAAGCCGGAAUCGAAAGACUACAACACUUCCUCGACAAAAAAGUGAAAACCUACGCUGCCCACCGCUCCGAACCAGCACUCGACCCCUCAUCCCGCCUUUCACCCUACAUCGCCGCAGGCGUUAUCAGCAUCCGUGAAAUCCUAGACCACGCCAAGAAAGCCAACGAUGGCGCACACUUCGACGAAGGCGAUCGAGGCAUCGAUUCCUGGGUUCGCGAACUUGUCUUCCGAGAAUUCUAUCGCCACAUCACAGUCAUCACACCUCACGGAAACAUGAAUUUGCCUCAAAAUCUGAAAUUCGAUUUCGUGCAAUGGGAAGAUGAUGACGAAGGGUACAAGAAAUGGGAAGAAGGGACUACAGGAAUGCCUUUUGUUGACGCUGGAAUGCGUCAGCUCAAGCAUGAAAAGUAUAUGCAUAACCGGUUGCGUAUGAACACGAGUUCGUAUCUUCGCGCGAAUAUGCUGAUUGACUAUCGCCGAGGUGAGAGGUAUUUUGCCGAGACCUUGAUUGAUUGGGAUCUGUCGAAUAAUACCCAAGGUUGGGAGCCGAGUUAUACGAUUUUCAAUCCGGUUGUGCAGGCGGAGAAAUGUGAUAAGGAGGGAGAUUACAUUCGGAAGUGGGUGCCGGAGUUGAAAGAAUUGAAAGGGAAGGAUAUCUUUGAUCCUUAUAAUCGGUUGAGUAAAGAGGAGUUUGAGAAGUUGGGGUAUCCAGCUCCGCAUGUGGAUUUCAAGGAGAGUCAGCAGAGGGCGAAGGAGAGAUACAAAUCCGAUUUAGCGAAUGCGGACCCAUAG